CGGAGCGCUCCAAGGAGAGGUUUUGGCCUCAGCUUUUCCGAAGCCCUUGCAAAGACGGGGGAGAAAGCAAAGCAGCCCACGGCAAACAUUGUUUAUCCACCAAAACUGUGCCAGCCGCUUUCUCUUUGCGCUCCGGGGAAGGGGACCUUUAGGGGAUCGCCAACAAGGGAACAAGCACAGCCCCUUUAAGUGGAGUGAAGGAGGGCACCUCACAGGAAAAGCGCCUUCUGGUUUAAGAGAAUAAAAAACGUGCGCCUCUUUGGUCUAGACUCGGCUAGGUCUUCAGAAGACAAGACAUAUCAAGGAGCGGUUUCACACCCAAAGAUGUCCCGAGUCAUCGGCUUUAUUUUGCUGAUAUUUAUGCUGCCAGUCAGAGAGAUGGCAGGAGCAGUCUCAUCCUGUCCUGAUUCGGAUCCGGAGCUGGAAAUCUGGAACCCAGGUCACGACAAAGAGAAUUGGGUGACCAUCGGCCAAGGCCAAAAGCUCCUCUUGUCUUCCUCUGCAACUGUCCAUUCCAUCCUCAUCACAGAUGGAGGAAAGCUAGUGAUCAAAGACAACACAGGCCCCAUUGUUUUGCGCACUCGGCAUAUUCUGAUCAAAAAUGAUGGAGAGCUCCACAUCGGGAGUGAGAGCUGCCCUUUCCGAAGCAACCUGACAAUCAUCUUGUAUGGCCGUUCUGAUGAUGGCAGCCAACCAGACAGCUACUUUGGGCGGAAGUAUAUUGGGGUUAUCGACAACGGAACUCUUGAGGUCCAUGGAGAAAAAAAGCUGUCCUGGACUUUCCUGAACAAGACCUUGAAUCCGGGCGGCUUGCAAGAAGGUGGCUACUACUUUGAACGAAGCUGGGGCCAUCGUGGGGUUAUUGUCCAUGUCAUUGACCCCAAAACCGGAUCAGUUGUCCAUUCUGAUAGGUUCGACACCUACAAACUCAAAGGAGAAAGCAUCCGCCUGGUCCGCUACCUGAAUGCAGUUGACGACGGCAUGAUCUUGUCGGUUGCGGUGAACGACGAAGGAUCCAAAAACUUGGAUGACUCAGCCAGGAAAGCCAUGACCAAACUGGGCAGCAAGCAUUUCCUCCACCUUGGUUUUAGACAUCCAUGGAGUUUUAUAACGGUAAAAGGGACCCCUUCCACUUCUGUUGAAGACCACAUCGAAUACCAAGGACACAGAGGCUCAGCGGUGGCCAAAGUGUUCAAACUGUUCCAAGCAGAGAACGGAGAGCACUUUAAUGUGUCCUCCACCAGUGAGUGGAUUCAAGACGUUGAAUGGACUGAGUGGUUUGAGAAGCCUGAGAAGGCCAAGGCCAAGGACGGAGAGAGACUUUCAGACCUCAGAGCUGCUCAUCCAGAAAUCUGUAAUCAGCCCAUUGAUAUCCAGGCAGUCACGCUUGAUGGAGCCACACUGACAACGGAGGUUUUCUACAAAAGUGGGCAUGAUUAUAGGUUCUUCUGCCGGGGCCCGGAACAGACCAGCAGAGGCUGCCAUAACUACAGAGUGCGCUUCUUAUGUGGCAAACCUGUGAGCCCUAAGCUUACAGUAAUGGUGGACACCAAUGUGAACAGCACCAUCUUGAGACUGGCGGAUGAUGCACGCUCAUGGAAAGCUGGAGAAAGGAUCGUUGUGGCCAGUACGGAUUAUUCCAUGUACCAAGCUGAAGAAUUCCAGAUCUUGCCAUGCAGAGCCUGUGGACCCCAUGAAAUCAAAGUGGCAGGAAAAGCAAGCUACCUUCACAUGGGAGAGGAAAUUGAUGGGGUUGACAUGCGGGCUGAAGUGGGCAUGUUGAGUCACAACAUUCUGGUGAUGGGAGAGAUGGAGAAAGGAUGCUAUGAAUACAGCAAGGACCUGUGCUCCUUUUUUGAUUUCGACACCUUUGGCGGACAUAUCAAGAUUGGUCUUGGGUUUAAAGCUGUCCAUAUGGAAGGGAUGGAGCUGAAGCACAUGGGACAACAGACCCUGGGGCACUACCCGAUUCAUUUCCACAUGGCCGGAGAUGUGGACGAGAAGGGAGGCUACCGGCCGGCUUCCUACGUGAAAGACGUCUCCAUCCACCAUGCCUUUUCUCGUUGCGUCACCAUCCAUGGCUCCAACGGCUUGCUGGUCAAGGAUGUUGUUGGCUACGAUACUUUGGGACACUGUUUCUUUACUGAAGAUGGGCCUGAAGUCCGCAAUACCUUCGAUCACUGCCUUGGACUGGUGGUGAAGCCCAGUACGUUGCUUCCGUCGGACCGGGAUACGAGAAUGUGCAAGACUAUUACAGAAGGAGCAUACCAAGGAUACGUCCCCAAACCGAGGCAGGACUGCAACGCCGUGUCCACCUUCUGGCUGGCCAACCCCCACAACAACCUGAUCAACUGCUCCGCUGCGGGAUCCGAAGAAACUGGGUUCUGGUUUGUUUUGCAUCACGUACCAACAGGACUCUCAGCAGGAAUGUAUCCUCCUGGCUAUUCUGAACACAUUCCAAUGGGAACGUUCUAUAACAAUCGGGCGCAUUCCAACUAUCGAGCUGGGAUGAUAAUUGAUAAUGGAGUCAAAACAACACCGGCCUCCGCCAAAGACAAAAGGCCCAUCCUGACUUUGAUUGCUGGAAGAUACAGCCCGCAUAAAGACGCCGACCCUUUGAAGCCCAGAGAACCUGCCCUAAUCCAGCGCUUCAUUGCUUACAAGAACCAAGACCACGGGGCCUGGCUGAGGGGAGGAGAUGUGUGGCUGGAGAACUGCCAGUUUGCUGACAACGGCGUUGGGCUCACCUUGGCAAGUGGUGGGACCUUCCCACACGACGACGGCUCAAAGCAAGAAAUCAAGAACAGCCUCUUUGUCGGUGAAAGCGGCAAUACAGGAACGGAAACCAUGGACAACAAUGUCUGGGGCCCUGGAGGCAUGGACCACAGUGGGCGGACUCUUCCCCUUCGCCAGGAUUUCCCCAUCAGAGGGAUUCAGUUUUACGACGGGCCAAUCAACAUCCAGAACUGCACCUUCCGGAAAUUUGUGGCGCUGGAUGGGCGCCACACCAGUGCCCUGGCGUUUCGGCUCAACAACGCUUGGCAGAGCUGCCCCAACAACAACGUCACCAACAUCAUUUUUGAAGACGUCCCGAUCACCUCUAGAGUGUUCUUUGGAGAACCAGGGCCCUGGUUCAAUGGGCUGGAUAUGGAUGGGGACAAAACCUCCGUUUUCCAUGACGUUGAUGGUUCUGUCUCGGAAUAUCCGGGGUCAUACCUGAUAAAGGAAGACAAUUGGCUGAUUAAGCAUCCAGACUGCAUUGAUGUACCAGAUUGGAGGGGCUCAAUCUGCAGCGGACGCUACGCACAGGUGUACAUCCAAGCCUACAAGUCAGCCAACCUGAACAUGAAAAUCAUCAAGAAUGACUACUACACGCACCCUCUGUACCUGGAGGGGGCCUUUAGCAAAAGCACUCACUACCAGCAGUAUCAGCCAGUGAUAACCCUUCAGAAAGGCUACACCAUCCAUUGGGAUAAGACGGCUCCCGAGGAACUGACUGUCUGGCUUAUUAAUUUCAACAAGAAUGACUGGAUCCACGUUGGGUUUUGUUACCCUAAAGGGACGACAUUUUCCAUUGUCUCCGACAUCCAUGAUCGCCUUUUGAAGAAAACCACCAAAACAGGGGUGUUCUAUCCGGUUAAUCAGAUGGACCGACUUGAGCAUCGAUAUCCUACAAAGGGACAUUACUAUUGGGAUGAAGAUGCCGGGUUGUUGUUCCUCAAGCUGAAAGCCCAGCAUGAGAAGGAAGCCUUUGCCUUCUGCUCUGUCAGCGGCUGCGAGCGAAUCCGGAUCAAAGCCACCAUCCCCAAGAAAUCGGCUGUCAGCGACUGCCAAGCCAAAGCCUAUCCGAAAUAUGCAGAGAAACCCUCGGUGGACGUGCCGAUGCCGAAAAAGCUGCCCGCCGCACACCUGGACAAAAAGGACCAUUUUGUAGAGCUUAAGGUGGAAAGUAUCAAGAAAAGAUUCUUCCAUCUCAAAGAUGACUUUGUGUAUAUCUCAGUUGAUGGCAAAAAGUUCUCUCUUUCUGAAGAUGGUAUCCAAGUAGUUGUGAUUGAUGGGCAUCAAGGAAAAGUUGCCGAUCAGAUCAGUUUCAGAAACUCUAUUCUACAGGGAAUCCCAGCACAGAUAAACAACUACAUCAGCAACAUUCGCGACAAUUCCAUAGUGGUGAUGACAUCUAAAGGCAGGUACAUUUCAAAGGGGCCGUGGACCAAAGUCCUGGAGAGGCUUGGAGCAGAAAAGGGUUUUAAACUGAAAGAUAAAAUGGCAUUUGUGGGAUUCAAGGGCAGCUUCCGGCCGUUCUGGGUAACACUGGCCACCGAUGAUGAAGCUGUGAAGAUCUUCCAAGCACUGCCUGUUCCUGUGGUGAAGAAAAUGAAAUUGUGAGGAAGUGGCCUGCGUCGUCUUCCUGCUCAUCUUCACCAGCAGCAGCACUGGGACAGCACCAAGCCAAUGGCUCCCCUAAGAGGAUGUAUAUUUUGUUGAUGUACAUAAAAGAACCUUGUUGUCAAGGAGGUGAGGGGCCACACCAGACAUUCCUUGGGCUGUUUAGGUCCCACUUAUGGAUUUGCAUCUCGGGCACCGCUCCGCUGUCCUCAUUCACAACCAUGGUUCAGGUAUGGAACCACAUCGUGGUGUUGGCUUCCCUGAAGCCUGGUGGCCUCCGUGUUCCUGUCGAGCGAUGUCUGUCCAAAGGGUGUCUCAGGUAGUGAACCCAAAUUCUAAAGGGCACGUACAAAGGGCUAUUUCUUCAGCUACAACCUUCAGGUAAUCACAAGAGGCCACAUUCCACUUUGAAUGUCCAAGCAGCUACUCAGGAAAAGGUGCCAGUGCAGAGACUGGUUAAGUCAGUAUGAAAGUGUAAGCGAAAGUCAAUGGACGGAAUUGCUCAUUGCCCCAUGUCAAAAUUUUGUCAGUUGCUGAUGUUUCCCCACAACCUUCCUAUAUUGCGUAUUGGGAAAUACUUCUUCACAUAGCACAUAAAUGAUUUAUGGAAUUCUCUGCCAUGGGAUGUGGUGAUGGCCACCAGCUUGGAUGGUUUUAAGUGGGGCUCGGACAGGUCCAUCAAUGGCUACGAGACUUGAGGCUACAGACCAUCUCUAGGCUCAGAAGUGGGAUGCCUCUGAGUAACAGUUGCCCACUGAUCGUGGGUGUCCCAGGGGCAUCAGGUGGGCCACUGUGGGAAACAGGAUGCUGGCCUAGAUCGGUGCUUGGGCCUGCUCCAGCAGAGGUGUGUUUAUGUGCGUGCUGACCCAGGUGAACAAAACAUUUACAUUUCAUAACUGAGGCACAGUGAGAUCCCAUCCCUAUUUUUCAGCUUAUAUACCCAUGAUAAGCAGAACGGCAGUUAACACUGCUGCCCCUGGAAGUUAUUUAUGUUGCAACAGAAGCCUGGGCAUCCUAUGGCAGCUCAAAAAUUUAACAGAUUUAUUGUGGCAACAGUUUUACUACGACUACAGCCAAUACAUACUGCUUUUACACAGUGGUUGACACAGAAAAAAUAAAGUAGAGGCAAAGCUUAUGGUACAAUAAAUCUAUUAAUCGUUAGCAGUUGCUGCUUAAUGUCAGCAUGGAUUCAGGUUUCCCCUGCCCCUCAGAUGAUGUCAUUUCCUAUGCAAGUGGUUUGUGAAGACCUAACAACAAUCAAGUUAUCAAAGUCUGCCCUGUGGGCAAGUGGUAGUUAUUAAGCAGUUACUAACAAACAUGAAAGGAGGGCUUUACUCUUAAGCCUUGAGAUUAACUUCUGGCUGCAACUAAAGCUCAAACGGGAUCCACAAAGUAAGAUCCUAAGAAAAGAAAAUCUAUAUCAAGGAGACGAUCCUGCUCAGUACAUCUUCUAGAAGGGUCUCUUGACACUCUUGGAAGCACAACAGAAAUCCGAGUACAAUAUCACUGGAAAUGUACAUACAGGAGGUCAGCUUGCCACAGUGUGCUUGGUAUACCUACUUGGGAUAGAAAAUCUCACCACUGGUCAUUCACCAGGAAAGUUGUAAAAAAGAGGACUUAAGAAGAAUGCCAGCAGCUUUCAGAGAUAUGCACACCUUUUUGUAAUUAAGAGUGACUGACUGAUGUACAGAUGUUUUAAUAGUAACUGACCAUUCACAAUCUGUGAAUCAUCACUUUUGUAAGGUUGUAUUGUAGCAAACUGUUCUCCUUAAGCCUACACGCAACUGUCAGCAUCACGUGAGCUUCUGUUUUUGUGCAUACGUCGGUUCAGAUCUUUUAACCGAAAUAGCUGGUCCUUUUUCGGAAGUAGGUGUAUAGUGUUUUGUAUAUUUUCUAAAGUUCCUGAUGACAGAGAUAUAUUUUCUAUUUAUUUAUUGCAAAGGCACUAAGGAGAUUAAAUCUGGAGGGAUGAGAUGUUACUUGGUUUAGCACGGAGUGAGAUGGUAAAGAACUUGGAAAUAGGUCUCUACAGAUUAUCUGCUUUGCACUUGAAAAUGCCUAAUGGUUGCAGAAGGUGGUAUUCUUAGCAGCCUUUUUAAAAUGUCGACAAACUCUUGGAAUAUCACUUCCAAAUCUUUUUGUUUACAACUUGAUAUUUGUUUGAAGUACACCACACUUAUUGGAAUAAAUUUUCAAUGCAGUU